AUGAAAGUUGCUGUUCUGGACUUGUAUAUUGCUAAGCGAAAGUUGAAGCACUCAAAAGCUGCAUUGAAACGGGAGAAAGUGGAUAUCGUAAGAGCAGACAUUGUUAGGUCCCUGUGCUCAGAUAGCCGUGAUGAUGCUAGUGACGACGACAUCAAUGAAUGCAAUGACAGCGAUAAUCAUUAAGAUAUUGUGAAACAGCAAAUUUGGAAUGAUGAUGACAUUGAAGACGAUGAAGAUAAGGAAGACAAUGAUGAUCCUAACAGUGAUAGACAGACAUUGAAGAAGAGAAUAUUUCCUAUUUUCUGCCGACCACAAGAUCGGGGAGAGUUUGUAGAACUUGGAUGGGAAGAGCACGAAUUUCUGACUUUGCAUGAGAUUGAUUUAAGAAAUAUGUGUUGUCCCAAAAUUGAUAACAUAAUUAUUACAUAA